UUCAAUGAGGUGCAGCAACCAGACAGACAAACAUAUGGAUGAAGUUUGUUUUAUAUUGCCGCCUGCAUAAAUUGCAUAUAAAUUGGCAUAAAUAACUAAAUAACAAACUGACAUAAAUAUACUUUGUUGCCUCGCCGAAACGCAUGAUCACGUCAUCCUAGUGCCAGUCCCUGUCUAUGACACUUUUUACAAAAACAAACAAAACAUUUUUAGAACGUAAAUGUAUAGUAUACUUAUAACAAUUUGUUUGUCAUUUUUGGACUUUUCAAACUCUCAGUCAUCUUUGUCUCAAGCUGCGUUGGACUCACAUACUUUUCAGUGAUCAAUAUCUAUAUUAACGUUUGCCAUUUGACUUGCAAGAGUCGCUGGUGAAUGGAGCCUGGAAACUGCCAAGUGUAUCUACCUCCACCUGUACUGUACUUUGACAUUUCCUUAUUUAUAUUCUUAAAGUUCUCAGAUUUAUAAUCGAUAUUCUCCAUUCCAUAUAAAUUCCCUCAAAAUCAUUAUGAGUGGAGGCCUUGCUCCAAGCAAAUCAACCGUAUACGUUGGGAAUCUACCAUAUUCUUUGACGAAUAACGAUCUGCACAAGAUUUUCGAGAAGUAUGGAAAGGUGGUGAAGGUGACUAUCGUCAAGGACAAAAACACUCGUGAAAGUAAAGGAGUUGCAUUUGUUCUUUUUUUGGAUCGAGAUUCUGCACUCAAAGCAGUUGGUGCAAUUAAUAAGAAACAGAUGUUUGGACGGACAAUCAAAUGUUGUAUAGCUAAUGACAAUGGUCGAGCCACAGAGUUUAUUCGCAGAAAAUACUCCGACAAAACUCGUUGCUAUGAAUGUGGGGAUGAUGGUCACAUGAGUUACAAUUGUCCUAACAAUAUGCUUGGUGACCGAGAACCGCCACCGAAGAAAGAAAAGAGAAAACGGAAGCACGAAGACAAUAAACAAGAAGAUGUUGCUGAUGAUGUUGAUAGUGAAGAAGAUUUCAUCGAAGACCCAUAUAAUGACAGCUUAAGCGCAGCAAUAGCUGAGUCAGCAGCAUUAGCUGAACGGGAAAGACAUGUGUAGAGCCUCUUGCAUUUGAUAGUGGCUUGUGGACACAAGAGAUGACUGUAAAGAAACGUUAAUGUGAAGAUUAAGAUUUUACAGUUUUAAAAUAAGAUAAAGUGUAAAAGCAAUGGAUUCUAUUUGUAUUUGUAGAACACUCUGUGAGAAAAUGAGGAAAACUACUUAAAAUACACGUUCUUCCCAGUGUG